UUCCAAUGCUACCUGGUGGCCUUGCAUGAUGACUAUUCCUAUUUCCGCCCCGACAUCAUCAGAUUUGCUCCGCGAUCCAUAAAUUUAACGAAAACAAGUCCACACGCUGGUGUAAGACCAGGAUGGAGAAGAACGUGUAUGCGAGCGGCGCGCAGAAGGCGGCCGACCACGAGCUGGAGGAGAAGCUUGGCCACACCGCCGUCUUCGAGGCAAAGCAAGCAACAGAUGAGGAACAUGCUCAAACUCUUCGUCAGGCGUUCAGCCAGAAUCGCAGGGCAGUGUUCUGGUCCGUCCUGAUUUCAUUGUCUAUCGUCAUGGAAGGAUACGACACAAUUUUGAUGGGAAACUUCUUUGCGUACCCCGAAUUCCAGAAGAAGUUUGGGAACUGGUAUGGCGGCGACAUUGGCUGGCAGGUGUCCGGGCCCUGGCAGACUGGCCUGAACAUGGGCAGUACAGUGGGCGGGAUAUUUGGAGGCCUUCUCAACGGCUACUUCGCUUCCAAGUUUGGGUACCGAUGGGUCCUCAUCAUCGCCAUGGCAUUCCUCAACGCCUUCAUCUUCCUGACAUUCUUCGCCCCCGGACCCGAGGUGCUCCUCGUCGGACAGAUCAUGUGCGGUCUCUCCUGGGGCGUGUUCGCCACGCUCAGCCCGGCGUACGCCUCCGAGGUCUGCCCUACAAACCUGCGCGGCUACAUGACGACUUAUGUCAACCUCUGCUGGGCCAUUGGCCAGCUGAUUGCGGCAGGCGUCCUGCGCGGAUGCCUCAACAUCGAGGGCGAGAUGGGGUACCGCAUCCCCUUUGCGAUCCAGUGGCUUUGGCCUACCCCCCUGAUGGUGGUCGCCUACUUCGCCCCGGAGUCUCCCUGGUUCCUCGUCCGUAAAGACCGCCUGGAGGAGGCACGCGAGUCUAUCCUUCGAUUGAGCGGUCCCGAGAAGACGGAGGAGCAGGUCACCGCUCAGCUGGCUAUGAUGCUGCACACCACUAAGGUCGAGUCCGAGGUUACCAAGGGCACGAGCUAUAUCGAUUGCUUCAAAGGUGUCGACCUGCGCCGCAGCGAGGUUGUCAUGGUCGCCUUCGCUGGUCAGAUUCUGUCUGGAAGCAGUUUCGCAUACACUCCGACAUACUUCUUCACGACUGCAGGCAUGCCUGUCGCCAAAGCCUUUGAGCUUAGUUUGGGUGCAAAAGGAAUGGCAUUUAUUGGAACUGUUCUAUCUUGGUGGCUCAUCUCUUACUGGGGACGCCGUCCCAUCUACGUUGUUGGCAUGGGUUGUCUUUGCGUUCUCCUGUUAAUUAUCGGAAUUCUGGAUGUCUCGGCGGGUGACAACGCUCUUUGGCCGUCGGGGGGUUUGUGUGUCCUCUGGCUCUUUAUCUACUCAUUGACCAUCGGGCCUAUUGCUUAUAGUAUUAUAUCCGAGACAUCCUCUGUCCGACUUCGCCCGCUAUCAGUCGUCCUGGCGCGCAACGCAUACCAGCUGACUAAUAUCGUGUCUCAAGUUUUACAAGCAUAUAUGAUGAACCCGACCGAAUGGAAUCUCCAGGGCCGAACCGGCUUCUUCUGGGGCGCUACCGCCCUCUGCGUUUUUGUUUGGGCAUACUUCCGGCUACCCGAGGUGAAAGGCCGUACAUACGAAGAGCUGGAUCUACUGUUCACGAACAAAGUUCCUGCCCGACAAUUCGCCUCCACCCACGUGGAUGCGUACACCACCUCGUUCAGUACAGGAGACGAGAAGAGCAGGGUCGAGCAGGUUGCAUGAUCGCAUACCAUACGCCGUCCUUUUGAUCGUUCUGAACGACUGCUCGGAUUUUGACUGGAGAUUAACAAGCACUUGGCGGCUUUGUCUAAAUUUCUCGACUCUCAGGAGAAUUCCCGGGACCUAGGUAGUCUUUGUUGGACUGGAUCAUUAUUUGGAACCCGAUUCUCAUGAUUCUAGUUCCUUAGAACUUAGCGUGGAAUCCAAGGUCG